AUGGCACUUCAGCUUAUUCUAGUUUUCAUUCUCCUCUUUGGGAGCUCAUUGAGGCUGCUAGAACCAGUCACCGCCAGUAGAAGAUUGAUUGUAGGGAGGAACGAGACAGAUCGACUUGCUUCGGUGGAGUUAAUACAGAAAAAAAUUAGUAUUCCAUACGAAGGUAUACCAUACGGAGGAGUAAAUUCUCUAAACAAUUCCAACAAUUACUACAACCGGGUGGGGAUCAAAUGUGGCCAUCAACAACGACCAAUCAUUAUCACCGGUGGAGAGAGCAUACGGAGGAACAAGAUAGAUCAACUUGCUUUGGUGGAGUUCAAGAAACAAAUUGAUGAUCCAUACGGAGCACUGAGAGGAAAUGGAUUGAGAGGAAACAUAUCUCCUUCCAUAGGGAAUCUCACAUUUUUGCAUUCCCUCAUCAUUGAAAACAAUAGAUUCCAUGGUAAAAUCCCCCAAGAAAUCGGUAAUCUGAUUCGACUACAAAACAUUUCCUUUCAAAACAACAAUCUCAAAGGAGAACUUCCAACCAGCUUGGCCAACUGCACUCGUUUGAGAGAAAUAUACUUCUCCUGUAACAAUCUUGUGGGGAAGAUUCCAGUUGAACUCACGUCUUUGUCAAAGCUAGAGGUAAUUUCUAUUUAUCAAAAUAGCUUAACAGGAGAAAUACCAGCUUCUUUUGGGAACAUUUCCUCCUUCCGAAGUAUCACUUUGGAUGCAAAUGGACUGCAAUGGAGCAUUCCAGAAUCCUUUGGUCAGCUAACAAACUUAAAAGUCCUUUCACUUUAUAAAAACAAGUUAUCUGGUAUGUUCCCUGUCUCACUAUAUAACCUCUCCAGUCUUAAAAUUAUCUAUCUCUCAGAAAACCAAUUCCAUGGGAUCCUUCCACGAGACAUAGGCUUUACUCUUCCAAAGCUCUAUGCACUAGAAAUUGGAAAUAACCUUUUCUCAGGGAGAUUUCCAAAUUCCAUCUCCAAUAUUUCAACACUGGGAAUAAUUGAUUUCUGUCAUAAUAGUUUUAUUGGACCAGUCCCCAGCAACUUGGCAGAUCUUCAAAAUCUUCGACUAUUCUUUAUUGCUGGAAAUCAAUGUGGAGGAGGUAAAGCUGGUGAUUUAGAUUUUGUAAAUUCUUUGAUCAAUUGUACACAUCUUGAAACUGUGGACCUACGCCUUAAUGGUUUUGAGGGUACCCUUCCCAACUUUAAAGCCAAUCUUUCAACACAACUCUCACAGCUUUAUUUAGGAGAUAAUCGAAUAUCUGGAACCAUUCCUGCUGAUAUUGAGAAUCUCGUCAACUUAACCUUAUUGGACAUGACAUAUAACUUUCUCGAAGGUAAUAUUUCAUCCAGUAUAGGUAAGCUUCCAAAACUUCAAAAAUUGCUCUUAAAUGGAAAUAGACUUUCAGGACAGAUACCUUCCUCUAUAGGCAAUCUAACUCUUUUGUAUGAACUCCAUUUAGGAGCCAACAAUUUGAAUGCAAGCAUUCCUUCCAGCCUUGGUAAUUGUAAAAAUUUACAAUACCUAAACCUUGGUGACAAUAACCUUCAAGGCCCAAUACCUAAACAACUCUUUUGUAUUUCCUCCUUAUCAACAUCUCUGAACUUAUCUAAUAAUUCUCUGGUCGGUUCCCUACCAAUAGAAAUUGGUAACUUGAAGAGUCUUUCUACCAUAGAUGUCUCCAAAAACAAAUUCUUCGGAGAAAUCCCCUCCUCCAUUGGUGAUUGUAAUAGUUUGGAACAUCUUUAUAUGGGGAGUAAUUUCUUUAAGGGAACCAUUCCUCAAUCGUUGACUCUUUUGAAGGGACUUCAAGAUUUAGUUCUCUCACUCAACAACUUAUCAGGGCAAAUCCCAAAGGAUCUAGAGAAACUUGUAGCCUUGCAGAGAUUAAAUUUGUCUUUCAAUAAUCUUGAGGGGGAGGUACCAACAAAAGGAAUAUUUGGAAAUGCAAGUGCGGUUGAAGUGAAUGGAAAUGAGAAGCUUUGUGGGGGAAUUGCAGAGUUACAAUUGCCUACAUGCACAAACCAUGGAUAUACAAAACGAGAAAAGUCCAAUGCUUUUGGAUUAGUUGUGGCGAUAAUCAGUGCGGUUCUUGGUUUUCUUUUGAUAUCUUCUUUUCUUAUUCUUUUUUGGAUAAGAAGAUCAAAAAGUAAACCUCCAUCCACACCAUUAAUUGGUGACCUGUUCUUAAGGCUUUCUUACAAAGAGCUCUUUCAAGCUACUGGAGGAUUUUCUUCAGCUAAUUUCAUUGGUUCCGGUAGUUUUGGCUCUGUAUACAAAGGGAUUAUCGACCAGGAUGAAACAAUUGUCGCAGUCAAGGUACUCAACCUUCAAAAUUCAAGAGUUUACAAGAGCUUUAUGUCUGAAUGCAAAGUAUUAAGAAACAUUCGACAUCGAAAUCUUGUCAAGAUUAUAACUUCCUGUUCAAGUCUUGAUUCAAAAGGCAAAGAUUUCAAAGCCCUUGUUUAUGAGUUCAUGCCCAAUGGGAAUCUAGAUGAUUGGUUGCAUAUGCCAAUGGAGGUACAUAAUCACUCAAGGAAUUUAAAUCUUCUUCAAAGAUUAAACAUCGCAAUUGAUGUGGCUUCUGCAUUGGAUUACCUUCAUUACCAUUGUUAUGCAACAAUUGUUCAUUGUGACUUGAAGCCAAGCAAUAUUCUACUUGACAAUGAUAUGACUGCACAUGUCGGUGAUUUUGGUUUGGCGAGGUUACUUUUAGAACCUGACGACGAUUCAUCCCAUGCUCAAAGCAGUACCAUUGGGAUAAAAGGAUCUAUUGGUUAUGUUGCUCCAGGUAACAAAUAAACUAUACAAUUUUAUUUUGAGUGAUCUAUAUAUUAAAUUUUGUUGUUGUUGAUCUAAUUUUCCUUUACCAAGUUGUUUUUGUCUAUUC